AAAAAGCAAAUAAGAAUUUCUUUUCAAUUAUAAUAAACUGCCUUUUUUUAAUUAUUGAAAUUUUCUUAAAGCGGCCGCGUGCUUGCGGAAGUGGCAAUUUAAGGAACAAAUGACUGCAACAUAGAAAAGAUUCUCGAGGGCAAGCAGCUAUUUCCAUUAAAAGUCAAUUAAAUUUUUAUGAAUUUCCAACAAUAUAGCUGUCAAACAUCAAAUUUUUUUCACCAUUUAUUUGUACGAACAUUUCUUCCAGUGGUUUAUUUUUUCUUUUAUUUUAUAUUCAACAACCGUGUAUGCCUACGGGUAGCAGCAUGUGCGAAUUGCACUGUAAUGUGUUAGUCAAGGAUUCUAAUACUUAUCAACCCGACACUUUGGAUUUAAAUAAAGAUAAAGAAGCGGCGGCUUAUUGGUUUCCUUGUUUUCGUGAAUUGAUUGAGAAAUUUGCUCAAAGAGCCUUAGAAAGCCAACGUGCCACCGACACUUCUGCAGAAGAAAGAGCGAAUCAGUUCCGCUCUUCAUAUUUAAGCAAAUUGCAAGAAUAUCAAUCCCAAAGUGAGAGCCAUAAAGUGCUAGGUAUACGCGAACUAUUGGAAUUGAAUGAUGCACAAUUGCGAUUACAUGGCUUUACAGACCCUUGGCAAGAACAGAAAAAAACGGAAAAUGAGGAGGCUGUGCCUUUAUUAAGUGGGCGCUUACAAGAAAUUGAUGCAAUUAAGAGUGACAGGGAACGUUGGCUGGAGUUAGUGCGCGGUGUCUUGGCCGGCAAUAUGUUCGAUUGGGGUGCUCAAGCAGUUACAAAUAUCUUGCAGGAGGAUGCUUCGUUCGGUUUAAACGCAGCGCUAGAACGUAUACAAAAGAGACCUUGGCUUAUGGAUGAUUUAGACGCGUGGUUGCAACGUUUACAAGAGGAAGAGAUUCAUAAAUGUGCAGCAAUAUUUGUGGAUAAUAGCGGAGUAGAUGUGGUACUAGGUAUUUUACCCUUCGCAAGAGAAUUACUGAAACGUGGUACAAAAGUUUUGCUCUGUGCAAACAGCGAACCUUCAUUAAACGACGUUACUAGUAGUGAACUAACUGCCAUAUUGGAUUGUUGCAAUUGCUCAUGUCCGGUACUUAAGCAAGCUUGCUCGGAAAAGCGACUAUUAGUCUUCGGUAAUGGUCAACGCGGUCCUUGCCUAGAUAUGCGUACCUUGCCGCAAGAUCUCUGCGAAGCUUUGAAAACGUAUCAGACUGACUUGCUUAUUAUAGAAGGUAUGGGUCGCGCUCUUCAUACUAAUCUUUACGCCCGAUUCAAUUGCGAAACUCUUAAAUUGGCAGUGGUGAAAAAUAAAUGGUUAGCGCAACGUUUAGGCGGAGACACUUUUGCUGUUAUUUGCAAAUAUGAACCUCUGACGAGUUGAGUUCUAUUGGCGGGGUCCUUAACGCUUAACGCUUGGCAACAUUACAUAUUUUAUUGUUAGUUUGCUCUAUUUUUGUGUUAUGUCACGGUCUUUUGCUGUCAGUUUUUUAUUUUUAUUAUUAUCGCUAUUUUUUUUAUAUAAAACAACUGCUAAUAAGGUCAGUUGUGCAUUGUUUUGUUGUUCAUUUAUUUAUUUAUUUUUCUUCGCCUUUUCUAUUUUUUCGUUAAAUAUGUAUAUUUUUGGAAU